UUGGCAGUCACCCUUCUGCAAUAAAGUAUGACAACAGGCCCACAAAAUAUGAAAUUAAGACACAUCCUGAGAGGAAAAACAUGCCAGCAAGUGUGUUUUUCCUGAAAAGAAAGCUCUGUGCAGAAGCUGUCUCCAGUUUGGUCUUAUCUGCCUCAGCGGGGAGGAUGUGGUCAGUACUGGGAGAUUUUGUUGAUGGGUUAACUGGUGCUGGGGCUUUGUGGGAUUGGUGGUCAUUGUUCCAGACAGCUCAGGGUGCAGAAAACGUUUAGCGACACACAGAAAACCCACUCCCAUGGGGGGUAUAAGAAGAGUCCGAGGACUCGGAGUCAGUCGUGAAAUUCUCCCAAACUACAAGGACCACACUGCAUCAGACGCACGCCAGAGAUGAAUUCCUUCCAGGACAGCCAGUCUGAUUUGGAAGUGAUCUUAGAGUUCUUAGAGGAAUACUACAGACAAAACACCACCGAAAAUGCUGCAACUGUGCCUGUGCACGAAAGACCUGUAGAUGGGAGUCAACCAUGUGAGCAGUGCUGGACCUGCUUCGAGCCAUCUGUAAGAACACGAGCGCACAACUUUGCGCACUUCUGGUGUAUUUUCAGCCUGACACUGUGCUUUUUACCUUCUCCCACGUCCAAGGACAUCAAACCUAUUUUUCACACCUCCUUGGCACACAAUGUCCAACCAGAGUCCGGUCAAAACACAAAAGCAACGUUGUCACAGGAAAACUUUGCAUCAACAAGGCACCCAGCAGCAGAGAGAGUCACAGCUCGCUCCACGCCUCCAGGCAGAAGGCUGCGACUCUUUCACUUCCUGUUUGAGAUGCUGGAGGACCCGAGCAUGGCCCACUGCCUGUCCUGGAUGCCGGCGGCAGCGGCGGAUGGCGUUUUCUGCUUCUCCUCCAGGAACAAGGAGCAGGUGGCGAUACUCUGGGGACAGAUGAAGGGCAACAAGAGGCCCAUGACCUACCAGAAGAUGUCCCGAGCUCUCAGGAACUACGCUCGGUCUGGACACAUCUUCAAGGUGAAGAGAAAGCUCACCUACCAGUUCAGCCGGGACACCUUGAUCUCGCUGCAGGAGAUUCAUGGGAGACAUUUGUAAAAUUUAUGGAGCUUGUUUCGUCUUUAUACUUUGCUUCUUUAAAACUUGUGAUGUCAUAGAAAUAAAGAUAUUUACUCUUUCUUAAACACAGGAGGGUGUAGGAAAGCAGCUCACCUACACACACACACACACACAUUAGGGAUGUUCAUUAUUAUUGGUCUAUGAUAAAUAUGUCGGCAUUAAAAUGUAAUAUCAGAAAAUAACGGUGCCGAUUCAUCAUUUAUUUACCCAUCUUUUACACGCCAUACACAUAUUAUACACAAAACUCUUCAGCUGCUUCUCUUCUUUCUCAAAAUGCCAAACAGUUACACAUCUAAGGUAACGUUUGUGAGAUAUUUUAGAGUAUUUGGCACAAAUUGUGAGGUGGAACUUAGCUCUGUGCAGUGACAACUGACUAAAACAAAAACAAGAAUCUUCACCUGAAGUCAUUUUGCAAAGAAAAUAUUUAAAAUGUUAGCAUGCAUGAUAGGAGGAAUGGGAUGUUAGUAACCUAACAUGUUUCAGUUUUUCUUUCAUGAGAGGGGGACAGCAAAUUAGCAAAUCUGUCUGUCUGUCUGUCUCUGUGUGUGUGUGUGUGUGUGUGUGUGUGUGUGUGUGUGUGUGUGUGUGUGUGUGUGUGUGUGUGUGUGUGUGUGUGUGUGUGUGUGUGUGUGUGUGUGUGUGUGCAUAUAUAAAUUUACAAACUACCCUCCCACCCCAUUAAAUAAUAACAUCAUAAAUUUAAUCACAAAGCUUGCUGUUACAGUUUUUCUCAGUC